UGGCGCACCCCCGCCGUUUCCUAGGAGAUGAAACACACAAGACGCCAAAGCUUCACAAGGGAGCGAACAAGGAAAGCUGCCACAGCGCAGGCAGGGUGUUCAUAAUAAUGGAAGCACUGUUUCCUUGCCAGAUUCCUUAUUGCUGUAGUUUAUGAACCUUCAUAAUCUUGGGGAAGAGCCUAUGUUAAUGAUGACAAACCUGUCACCAGUGUAACAGUCUAAGGGCAAAAACAAAUUUGAAAAAAGAAGCGUUUAAAUUUAUAUUCAACAAAGCAGUCAUUGCGAUCCACAACUUCUGCUACAUUAUUUUUCCAAGAUGAACCGGUACACAACCAUGAGACAGUUGGGAGAUGGCACCUAUGGGAGUGUGCUGAUGGGCAAGAGUAACGAAUCUGGGGAGCUGGUGGCCAUCAAAAGGAUGAAGAGAAAGUUCUAUUCUUGGGAUGAAUGUAUGAACUUGAGAGAAGUUAAGUCUCUGAAGAAACUUAAUCAUGCCAACGUGAUUAAAUUGAAAGAAGUUAUCAGAGAAAAUGACCAUCUUUAUUUUAUAUUUGAAUAUAUGAAAGAAAACCUCUAUCAAUUAAUGAAAGACAGAAACAAGUUGUUCCCUGAGUCAGUCAUCAGAAAUAUUAUGUAUCAAAUAUUGCAAGGGCUGGCAUUUAUCCAUAAACAUGGUUUUUUUCAUAGGGAUAUGAAACCAGAAAACUUGCUUUGCAUGGGUCCAGAACUUGUGAAAAUUGCUGAUUUUGGACUUGCAAGAGAAUUAAGGUCACAGCCACCAUAUACUGAUUAUGUAUCUACCAGAUGGUAUCGUGCUCCCGAAGUUUUGUUAAGGUCUUCAGUUUAUAGCUCUCCCAUUGAUGUGUGGGCUGUUGGGAGUAUAAUGGGUGAACUAUAUACAUUAAGACCACUUUUCCCAGGGACAAGUGAGGUCGAUGAAAUCUUUAAAAUUUGCCAAGUUUUAGGGACUCCAAAAAAAAGUGACUGGCCAGAAGGGUACCACCUUGCAUCCUCAAUGAAUUUCCGCUUUCCCCAGUGUGUUCCUAUAAAUUUAAAAACUCUUAUACCCAAUGCCAGUAAUGAAGCUAUUCAGCUUAUGACUGACAUGUUGAAUUGGGAUCCAAAAAAGCGACCAACGGCAAGCCAGGCAUUGAAACAUCCGUAUUUUCAAGUUGGUCAAAUAUUAGGCCCUUCCUCACAUCAUCUAGAAUCCAAACAGUCUUUAAAUAAGCAAGUGCAACCACUGGAAUCAAAGCCAUCUAUACUUGAUCUAGAACCUACGCCUCUGCCAGAUAUAAAUGAUCAGACUACUGGACAGCCCCAGCCUAAAUACAGCCACCAGCCACUGCAGCCCAUCCAGGCACCACAGAAUACAAUUGUGCAGCAAACACCAAAGCAGGAAAGUCAACAGAAACAGCCGCAAAUACUAUUUCCAAGUAUUGUCAAAAACAUGCCAACUAAGCCAAAUGGCAUGCUGGGGCAUAAAAGCGGGAGAAGGCGUUGGGGUCAGACUGUGUUCAAGUCCGGAGAUAGCUGGGAAGAGAUCGAGGACUGUGAUUUCGGAGCUUCUCAUUCCAAGAAGCCAAGCGUGGGUGUUUUCAAAGAAAAGAGGAGGAAAGAUUCUCCAUUUCGCCUUCCAGAAUCAGUACAGUCAGGCUCAGCAGAGGAAAACAAGAGCUUACCUGCUGCCAUUUCCCUAAAAUCUGAUCCUGAACUGUCAACUGCUUCACCAGCUAAACAGUACUACUUGAAACAAUCAAGAUACCUUCCAGGUGUAAACCCUAAGAAUGUGUCCUUGAUAGCCCGUGGAAAGGACAUAAAUCCGUAUACUUGGAGUAAUAAGUUAUUUCCUAAGACAUUGGGACCCAUUGGGGCAGAACUUGCCUUCAGAAGGAGUAAUGCAGAAGAAAGCAUAAUUAAACCAAUUGAAAAACUAUCAUGCAAUGAAAGUUUUCCUGAAAAAUUAGAGGAACCACAAGGAAAUCUUGGGAGUUAUACUACUUACAAAAAGUCAGGAUAUAUUCCUUCCUUUCUCAAAAAAGAAGUGGGGUCAGCUGGCCAGAGGAUACACUUAGCACCUCUUGGUGCAACAGCUUCAGAAUAUAACUGGAACACAAAAACUGGUCAGGGGCAGUUUUCAGGACCUACUUACAAUCCUACAGCCAAGAAUCUAAAUAUUGUGAAUCGUGCACAGCCAGUUCCCUCAGUGCACGGGAGGACAGACUGGGUGGCCAAGUAUGGAGGCCACCGGUAGAAGUCUAGAGUGAAGCCCCUAGCAUUGCUCCAUAGAGUCCCCUAACCCUGGGAAAUGUCUACAGAUGUCUACUUCUACUGAGUUCUGGAAAAACUAUACAUAGUGGGCACCUUGAAGAGCAAAAAUCAUCUCCUAUUUUCUUUCCUAGAAAUACAUUUUCUUAGCAUCGUUGCCUACAGUGCUGAUAUAUGGGUAGGACUUUACAAAGUAUUGAAUAAACUAUUUGCCAAAGUAUCAAGUAUUUGAUAUACAAAUAAAUAGUAAGUGGAAUAAGAAGCUUAAAAAAAUGGCUCCAGAAAGUGUUUAGAAUGUUUUAGUUUUCAUUUGUUGUAUAUUUGCCUAAACUACUUAAUAUUUUACCAUUUAGCCUCAGAGGUUCACUUUGCUUUUUUAUAGCAAUUAGGUAGACCACAAAUGUUGCGGGCUGUCUGUUAUAGUUCUGAAUUUGGCUGAGGCUCUACUCUACCACUUUGGCAAUGGCAGAAAAAUGAUAAUUUAUCAUUUGUUUUUCUACUUUGGCUAAAAUUACGGAAGCAAUAGUAAUGACAAUCUUGAGCAGGAUGUCUUUCUU